AGCCGCUUAAAACCUCAUUUGGAACCCAAAUAAGCAGUAUCGGAAAAAUAUGCUGCUCCGGUCAUUUCGCACCGUCGAGCUUCUCCGCCGAAUCUCAACUUCUUCAUCAGUCUCUGGAUAUCGCACUUCUCCUUCAGUCUUACAACGUUACAAUGGCGUUUUACCACACAGAGUAACAACAGAGAGUCCUUUCCCUUCUCAUAUCUUUCGAUUCUGUUAUUCUCUGAGCGUGAAUUCGCAAAAUGAGAAUCAACACACGACUCUAUCAGCACCGGUUUCUUCACGAAGGGUUAAAAACAGAAAGAUUUCACGGCGGAGGAAGGCGGGAAAAUCACCAUCAAUCUCGCCGGCGGCGGAUGCGGUUGAUUUGGCGUUAGACUCGGUGGUGAAGAUCUUCACUGUUUCUACAAGUCCUAGUUACUUUCUUCCUUGGCAGAAUAAGUCUCAACGAGAAUCCAUGGGCUCUGGAUUUGUGAUUUCGGGAAGAAAGAUUAUAACGAAUGCGCAUGUGGUGGCUGAUCACUCCUUUGUACUUGUUAGAAAGCAUGGAUCGUCGAUAAAACACAGAGCAGAAGUUCAAGCGGUUGGUCAUGAAUGUGAUUUGGCAAUCUUGGUAGUUGAUAGUGAAGUGUUUUGGGAAGGUAUGAAUUCGUUGGAGCUCGGAGAUAUACCGUUUCUGCAGGAAGCUGUGGCUGUAGUUGGCUAUCCUCAAGGUGGUGACAACAUCUCUGUUACAAAAGGUGUUGUGUCUCGAGUUGAACCGACACAAUAUGUUCACGGCGCUACCCAGCUAAUGGCUAUACAAAUAGAUGCUGCUAUUAACCCCGGAAAUAGUGGUGGCCCAGCAAUCAUGGGAAACAAAGUAGCUGGCGUAGCGUUUCAAAAUCUUUCAGGUGCUGAGAACAUUGGCUAUAUAAUUCCAACACCAGUGAUUAAGCAUUUCAUAAAUGGUGUUGAAGAAUGUGGUAAAUACAUUGGUUUCUGUUCAAUGGGUGUAUCAUGUCAGCCUAUGGAGAAUGGUGAACUUCGUAGUGGAUUUCAGAUGAGUUCUGAAAUGACAGGGGUUCUUGUUAGCAAAAUAAACCCUCUAUCAGAUGCUCACAAAAUUUUGAAGAAAGAUGAUGUUAUUCUUGCAUUUGAUGGUGUUCCUAUAGCAAAUGAUGGAACAGUUCCUUUUCGGAACAGGGAGCGAAUCACUUUCGAUUAUUUGGUUUCUAUGAAGAAACCAGAUGAAACAGCCUUGGUUAAAGUCUUGAGGGAGGGAAAGGAACAUGAGUUCAGUAUCACACUAAGACCUCUGCAACCACUGGUUCCGGUGCAUCAAUUUGAUCAGCUUCCCAGUUAUUAUAUAUUUGCGGGCUUCGUAUUUGUACCUCUCACUCAGCCAUACCUUCAUGAAUAUGGAGAAGAUUGGUAUAACACUUCUCCCCGCACAUUGUGCCAGCGUGCAUUGAAAGAUUUGCCCAAAAAAGCCGGUCAACAACUUGUCAUUGUCUCUCAGGUGUUAAUGGAUGAUAUCAACACAGGAUACGAGCGUCUCGCAGAGCUACAAGUGAAUAAAGUGAACGGAGUAGAAGUGGAUAAUCUGAGACAUCUAUGUCAGCUCAUAGAAAACUGCAACACCGAGAAGCUGAGGAUAGACUUAGACGAUGAGAGUAGGGUAAUCGUAUUGAACUACCAAUCCGCAAAAAUUGCCACUUCUUUGAUUUUGAAACGACACAGAAUAGCAUCUGCGAUUUCCAGCGAUCUACUGGUAGAACAAAAUCCAGAAACCGAGUUGGCUUCUUGUUCUGCGGUGUGAGCUAACGCCUACACAUAUGGCAUGUUGUACACUUCAAAUUCAUUCGUAAUUUGUAAACAACAAUAUUGUAUACUCAUAAACAUUUUGCAUUUGA